AUGAUAUGCCAGCUCGGAGACGAUCUCCUCCUACAGAUUCUUAUUCGCCUCCCCGACCCUGGAUUCGCCUGCCGCUGUAAAUCUGUCUGCAAGCGCUGGAGCUCCCUCAUCUCCAGUCUCUGCUUCAAUCGGCGUUUCGUUUAUCAUCACCAGAGCAUUAACCAACUUCCUAUGCCGGAGGAUCCAAACGAGCUGCAAUCGACCGUCUGGAGCUUCCUCCAACGCAUACCCAUCAGAUACGUUCGAGUCCCUCCCAUGCCUCCUUUUAGAUACGUUCGAGACGCCCCUUUAAGAGUUCUGGAUUGCUUCAGAGACUUGCUUUUGUGCGGAUUUUGGGAUAUAUAUGGCGACAACAACGAAUUGGGGAGAUCAUACUUGGUCUGCAAUCUGUUCACGAAGCAGUGGAUUGCCCUUCCUCUAGCGCCCAAAAAGCCUGUUGGGUAUAAAGAAGACGUCGGGAGGUUAGUUUGUGAACCCUGUGAUCCUAAGAAAUUUGAUCUAGGAGAUGACAAAGCGUUUGUUUAUUCUUCUGAGUAUCGGUUCAAGGUGGUGUGUUAUUAUCAACAUAUGCAGUCUACAAAACUAGACGUGUUUUGUUCAGAGUCUGGGGGAUGGACUCAGGAGGCCAUUGUUCUUAGUGGUUAUCUCAGGUGCGGAAACAAGAGUGUAGUUUCUUGCAAUGGGGAGUUGUUCUGGUCGCAUCAUAAAAUCAAAGAGCUGGAAGUUGGUCGGAUUAAUCGUUUGGUGGCUGCCUUCAAUCCUUUCCGUCGUGAUAUACGCCCCACUGCUAUUGAUGUUUCUGCUUUUGCUGCGAAACCUUGGUGGGUGAUUUCGGUCUCACAGGGCGCGUUGCACGUUAUUGCAUUCGAAGACAAUGCAGUACCUGUUCGACGUUUAAGCGUUUGGAGACUGGAAGUAGACAGGAAAUCUUGGAGGAAACUAUGUGAGGGGUUGCUGAACGAAAAGACAUCAAGGUGUGGCAACUAUGAAGUUGAGAGCUGUUCUCAUCAACUGUGUCUGCAUCCAUACAAGCCGGAAGUUGUCUUGUUCAAUUGGCGUGCUGGUGAGAAAACAAACGCUAUAUUGUCCUGGGAUUUGCACAGAGAAGAGGUAGAGUUAUUUGCUGAACUAGAAGGGGGCCCUGCUGUCUCUCGUUUUAUGGUGUUCCAGCCUCGUGUCCAUUGCUGGCCUACUCCAAUUCCAAGGUAUGAGGAGUUGCGAGGCAUGUACGACGGGAGCUAUAACUUCUGCGCUCAGAGCGCCAACAAAGCAGCAGUCACUCCCUCUCUCCUUCCCUCGAUAAUGCGCUAG